UCUUGUCCCAAUCACUUUUUCAUUUUCUUUUCAAGGAAUUAUUCAUUUGCGUUAUGUAAAUUUGUAAUUCUUAGAAUCUGUACAGAAAGAGCAAAGGAAAACUAGCAUACGCAUAUAUUUCUCAUCAAAUCAAUCAAUCGUCAGGAUGGCCACUUCUAAUAGUAAUACUCAAUCAUUAGAAAGGCAAUCUAGAAGCUCCACACCAUUUAUUCCUGUGAAGACUGAUCUCCUGAGCCAACUGGAAAAUAUAUUGGAAUCCGACCCUCUCAUUGACGAAGUGGGGUUUAUUCAUCCAUCGCAGUUUGCUGCACUCAAUGGAGAGGCACCUAGUGUUCCUUCCUUAUUUUCCCGAUGUGACCCUCAGCCAGCAGAUGGAAUCACUCUAUUCCACGCAUCAGAAUUUGCUUCUGAUAUGUUCUUUUGGAAUAGGGAACAUAAGUUGGGUAUCUCAACCUUGGUUAUACUUCCACUAUAUACUGCAGCUAAAGAUGCAUUUAUGGAAGCUCACAAGCAGUAUACAAUGUUAAGCUACUUGGAUGGACAGAAAGAUCAAUCUGAAAUUGCAACUUCGCACGACAUUGUUGAAAGUCAAGUAAUGAAACACAGCAGGGCGCUUCUUCUGCUAAGCUCUGAUUUUGGCACGGCAUGGAACUCAAGGAAGCAUGUCCUGUCAAAGAAGCAGCAAUUUCAGAUGUUUAUGGAUGAAAUGCUUUUAUCUUCUCUUGUUCUCUCCUAUUCACCUAAAAGUGAACGUGCAUGGAGCCACAGGAGGUGGGUGAUCAAGAUGAUAGCAGGAAAGUGUCCAAAUCUGUUAGAGAUUGUGGGAAGGGAAUCUGAGCUGGUGAAAAUGUUAGCUGAGAACUCAAAAAUGAAUUAUCGUGCUUGGAAUCAUCGCUGUUGGUUAGUUUCCUACAUGCCAGAAGCACAGGUGCUCCACGAGUUGCAGAAGUCUCGAGAUUGGGCUGGGCUUCAUGUUGCUGAUAACUCUUGUUUUCAUUACCGCACUCGGUUGUUGCUCAGAAUGGUAGAGGAUUUACAGCAUAGUCAGGAUCCAAACAGUUUAUCUUCUGCAGAACUUCAACAAUUGUUAAAGGAGGAGCUUGACUGGGUUGGGUCGUUGAUAAUGCGGUAUGUAGGAAGAGAGGCUUUAUGGCUUCAUCGGCGCUUCCUCUCAGUGCUCUGGAUGAAAUAUUUUGCAACGUGUGAUCUAAACAUAUCCGGCCCUUUGUGCUGCGAAAGUACUGAUAUUUGUGACAGUAGCAAGUUUGUGGAUAAUGAAUUAAAACUUUACGAGGCUUGCACAAUUAUCCCUGAUAAUGACUUUGAGGACUAUCACACACAAGCAAUCUAUUCUGCUACCUAUAUUAUUUGGCUCGCAAAGCGAAUGCCAGAGUCGUUUGGGGUUGAGCUUCAAAAGAAAGCAGAAGACGGGAAACUUAAGAGAUUACUUGAGAAAUUAUGCCCAGGAAAGAGCUUUCUUUGGGAUUCUUUGACUGGACAUUUCUGAAGUGGAUAGUCAUGUCUAAGUAAGCAAAUCGCUAGCUAGAUAUAAAGUUUUGCUCGACCUUUCUUUUUUUUUUUUCUUUUUUUUUCUUUUUUGUCUUUCGGAACUUGUUAUUACUUAAAACUUAUCCUGUUCGGUUUCUAAAAAUUGACACAUAAAACUCCAGACUUAUAGCAAAAUUAUUCAUUAAGACAAAGUUUCUGUAAAUAUUAGCUGAAUGGAAGACAGCGUGUGCAGCACAUCGCUUACCGAGAUUUGGUGGUGAA